CACCUGUCAAAGUUCCGCUUGCAGAAGGCACAGUGAACUCCGUCUCUACGUUUCUGAUUCCUGUAAAGUUUUCUCUCUCUCAUGUAUUUUCGUCUGUAGAUUGAUUUUUGAGUUUUUUUUAUUAGACCUUGAUUUCUCCAGCUUUCUGCUUCUGGGUGUUCAUAUUUGAAGAGUAGCAUCAUCUCGGAGUAGGAAUUAAAUAAAAUCACACAAAAGUGGAGCAACUAUCCUGCAAGGUUACCUUAUGAUGACUAUGGAGUUUAAAGGUAUCACUUGGGUUGGGGGUAUAUAUCAGAAGUUCGAAGCUAUGUGCUUGGAGGCAGAAGAAAUUAUGUACCAGGACACAGUUAAGUAUGUUGAAGAUCAGGUGCAAACGGUCGGUGAAAGUGUCAAAAAGUUCUAUUCAGAUGUUGUGCAAGAUUUGCUUCCUCCAUCUUCUACAGAUCCUCUGGAAGUGACUGCGGCUGACUUGUUUCUGAACCCAUAUGCUGAUGUUGGGAUAUAUAAGAAGCCAAAAGUAAGCAUCAAGGACGAUCCUAUAAAGGUUGAUAAGCAAGUAACUAAGCCAAAAUCAAGCAUCAAGGAAGAUCCUACAAAGGUCGAUAAGCAAGUAACUAAGGAUUCUGAAGUGAGUACUGGUUGGGAUGCAGACCGUUUAUCAUCUUUCAGCAGACUUUGUGAUUUGGAUCAGUUUCCACCCACAUCUUCUGGGAGUUCCGUUAAAGAGGCGUGCUCUAUUGAUGAAUAUCUUUUUGGUAUCAAAAGGAACUCCAAAAAGAACUAUCAACCUUCAUCUGAAGUGACAAGGUCAAUUGCUUCUGUAUCAAAAGAUUCGAGCAGGUCUUCGUUGUGUUAUAAAAUAAGUGAAAAUCAUGAUGUAGCUUGUGACCAGAUAGCUAUGAUAUCAAACCCCACUUCAGUUGAAGUUACACACGACUUUGGAGGAGGGAAAACUUAUAAUAGUAUUGCGGGGGCAACUUCGUCUCUCACGGAUGCUUUAAUUGACCUCCCAAUGUCUGAUAUGAUUCUAUCAGUUGAAUCCAGUAGGAAUCAAGGACCAAUAGUGAGAAGUACUUCCUCUGCUGAUGGAACUGAUUGCUUAGCAGUAGAAUCAAAUGCUGCAAACACAUGUACGAACAGUGGGUUGGUUUCAGGGUCAUACACUACUAAGGAUGCACAAUAUGGUGAAUCUGCUGGUGGGGUGCUCUUUACGUCCCAUACAGGAAAAUCAGGGGACUGUAAUAGGGACAUGGUUGAGAAUAAUGCAAUUACUGAGCCAGGGAUGGAAACCAUUGUACAAUUUGAUAAGCUGAAGCUGGGGGAAUCUUGUGUCUUGGUAGAUGGAGGCAAACUUUGUUUUGUUUCUCACAGGGAAGACGGAAAAAGGUCAUACAAGAAAAAGAUCCAGGAAGCUUUCUCUUCAAAAAUGAGGUUAGCAAGGAAACAGGAGUACGAGCAGCUUGUGGUACAAUAUGAAGAUGUUGGCACAAGGUCGUGCCAGAAAACAGGAGAGAAUUGGGUGCCAACUCUUACCAUGGAUGCAGAGACACACAAUUUACCAACCACCGACUUUUGCGAGUCUGAGUGGGAGCUUCUCUAGACACCACUAUUCACAAGGCUUCUGUAAAUAAAGAUUUCACUUGAUUGUAUCUGGUUACCCCAUACAGUUGUAGGGGAUAAAGAGUACUAUACUGGAUGUCAUUAAUGGCAGCUCAAUCUCUCUCCAUAAAACAUUACAUUGAAGUGGUACAAUAGCAUAAUGAUCCACAUUUUAGUGGUUAACUGAUAUAUGGGGUUUAUGUAAUGAUUAAAGAUAUGUAUGCAUAUGAUGCUGCCCUAUUUACUUUUUAA